UCUAAGCUGCAACAAGGUGUAAAUACAGACACAUGUCACAAUCAGGCUUUCUGCGACGUCCGUUUUGAAAGUGCACGAUAAAUAACUUGCUUAUUUGUUGAUUCAGUUUAUUCAUUCCAUAACCUAUCAAAAUGAGUAAAGACGAACUUCACCCAGCUUUCAGGAAGAAAAUUGUCUACAAUCUUGAUUGUAAUGCGUGUGGAAUGACGCUAUGUCGAAGAGGAAUGCGAGCUUUUCUCCUGUCCGACACGAAAAUAAAAUUAUUUUCCACUGAUAUUCCAGAGUUCGGUGCUGUAGAGGUGGUACCACAGAUGUUAUUGGUUGAAAAAUGUGCAUGUAAGCAGCAAGAUGUAGCAUGUCUUGGCUGUGGUAAUGUAGUAGGGUACCAUGUAGCUUUACCGUGCAGAAAAUGUUUAGUAUCUUGUAAUAAUGGUCAUCUAUGGAUGUUUGAAAGUCAAAGUGUAUCGUCUAUAGAAAGAUUUGAUUCAGAUGAUGAAGGUUUUUUAGUGUGGGGUAAUUUAAAGUCUGUAGAAGAUGACAGUGUAUUUAAUAUAGAAGAAUGUAUACGAUAACAACAUUAAGUAUCUCCAUACAAGUGUAAAAUAGACUGAUAACUUAUGAAAUGACCUUUUUUAUUCAAACAGUCCUUUGAUUUAUAUGUGAAAUAACACCAUCCAGUGACACAGUCUUGAUCCACAAACGUUAUCUCUCAUUUUACGCAAUCAAUUUUUUAUCAACCAUUGAAGACCUCAAAAAGCAUUAAUGCCUCUUUGACAUUGAAAGGAGUAUGGAACAGACAUAGUCUAUAUGACCAUUCUCCAAAAUAAACCAACAGUAAACCGAAAAAUUAAUUACUUGAACAUGUUUUUAGUUUUCAAUGUUAAAAAUUUAAUGAAAGCGAGACAUUAGAAAUUAAAAUCUAAAAACUUUUGGAACAUCAUAGGGUAUGUAACUGACCAAAAAGUCAGUCAACCACUGCCAAAUAACUACAGUUAGAUUUUAUAUUGUCAAAUUUGUUCAUAUACCAUUGAUACAAUGAAUAAUUUAUUAUUUUUUCAAAUUGUACUUUUUAUAUGCAAUGAAAAAGACUCUAUAUUCUAAGAAAGAUUGUUCAAGUACACAUGUGAGCUGUGUAAAAAUAAAUAUAUUAUUAAUUUUAGAAUGAAAAAAAAAUGAAACAGAUAAGAUCAGUAAGUCACACAACUUUGAGUAGUAUCAGAUGUCUAAUUUAGGUUGUGGUUGCGGUAAUUAUAAGUGUUUGAUUUGAAUAUAUUGGUCAAUUCAUGUUACUCUUAACAAGCCUGGACAUAAGGCACCUGUCACAGACUUUGUCCGGUAUAAAUUAUUAUGCAACGAUAGAAGCCUGGACAUAAGGCACCUGGAGAUUGUCAGGCACAAAUUAUUACACAACGUACAUGUAUAUUUUGUGACUGGUGCCUUAUGUCCAGGCAUGCUCUAGUCAUAUUUUCUUCUUGCAUACACUCAAGUGUCAAACUAAUUUUCGAGUUUGCAAUUAGAAAAUAGAACUAGAGACAUGAUUUGACCAAUAUAUUCAAAUCAAAAACUAUUAAUUAUCAUAAACACUACUUUAUUAGGGCUAUACAAAUAUGCUAUAUAUAUUUUGUAAAUUACUGUAAAGUGUUACUGUGGUAUAAAUUGGCAAUCAACAAUAUCUCCACAAAAUUCUCUUUUAAAAAGUAUUUAAUAUCUAUCUCAAUUUUAUUAUUAUUUGUAUAAUAUAUAGGGCCAGGUGUUGUUAAAUAUAUUACCAGGUAUUUUUGUUAUGUUCAAGAAACUAGUACCAGUAUAUUAUAUAUGGUGUUGCAAUAAAAGGAAUAUAUUAAAUUUU